CGCAUCGCGACUCCGUGCACAGUCUUUCCCCCGCCAUUCCCGCGUCUGCAUUCGAGUCUCUCACUCAGUUUGGGCCUCUGUCCGUUUCGCGCUGACGAUUCCCACUUGUAUCCGACACGGCACGGACUGGGCUGCUGAGUGAGAGAGCAGUCCGUCCCACUCGUUGUCGCCUCCCCCCAGGCCUUCUUGGUCGCAUCGAUUCCAUCGACGCGAAGCAAUCGGCCAUCACCCCAUCCCAUCUUGCUAACCGCGGCCAGCAAGCGGCUAGGAUGGUGCAAAGCGGCAGUCCGUUUGUGAAUUAAAUGUCAUGGAUGCGCAGAAUGCUGGUGAGCCCAUCUCCACCAAGCCUGCUUCUCCUAAGCGGCCAGGCAGCGAGCCCGUUCUGCCCCGGUCUUCAAUUGUGACAAAAUCGCCCAACAACGCCAAAACGCCGCCAUCAAUAACGGAUUCCAAGCCCACCAUAUCAGCGUCCGGCUCCCACGAUGAUGAUGAUACCGGUGCGGAUGGAAAUUCGGAUGCGGAGACCAUCGUGCUACCCGGGAAGGAUGGACACUCGCCAUCAAAGAUUCGCAAAAUAAAGAACGAAGACAAGUGUGAUGGUGCAGGCCAUGCCGACUCGUCGUCGAGUCGCAGACUGUCAAACAGCAAACAUGCUCGCGAUACCGACAAAGGGGAUCGUGGGGACCGUGGCGAUAAGACUGACAAGCCUUCCCUGCCGUCAGCUAACGGACCCAGCGAUGGCGCCAGUGCUCUCCUAGGCCAGAGGAAGAAAUCGCACGACAAGCCUCGGAGUAAAGACGGGUCGAGUGGCCUCAGCUCGGCUCCAACGUCGCCACCUCCCCAUCCUCGACGGCAUUCCCCUCAUGGGCCUUCGGACUCGGACUCGGAACCAGGCCAUGCAAAGUCGCCCAAAUCUUCCGCCAGGGAGAAGCACCGAACCGACAAGCUGGCUCCCCACAAAAGGAAGGUAGCACGAGCCGAAUCCGACGACGAGGGCGACGGUCGCAAAGUUCGCCGUCAGCGUACUGGUUCGGGCCUCGAUGCCUCCAGAAGUCACAAAGACCCAAAGCCAAUCUCCAAAUCGCACCAUGAUACCCACCACGCAGGCCCAGGAGCCAAGUCGGCCUCCCCCCCUCCUCGGACACACCGUCGCAGCGCCUCGACCCAGCUUCCUGGACACUCGUCCAACGGCUUGAGUCACAAGAAGAAGCGAAUUCCGGCACCUCUCCAGUCGACCGAUUAUCAUUCUGACGAGUCCUCCGCAAGCGGUAGUCCCCAUCCGCGCGGCUCUAAAUUGCGUAGCCUCACAACCCCGGCGACGGCCGACUCGGCCGUCUCUCCUGCCAAACUUGCACCGCACAAGAAGCAUUUGGACGCGCACGGCCAAACCUUCCUAGCUAGGGCCUGUGCUAGGGGGGAAUACGAGGUUGCGAAGCAGAGGUUACAGGAGCGACCCGAGGAUAUCAACGUUGCCGAUUAUGCUGGCAACACCCCCCUACAAAUCGCCUCCAUCAACGGAUGCGAGGACAUCGUCAAACUCCUCAUCGAAGCCGGUUGCAGCCUUGAAUGUGUCAAUUAUGAUAAAGACACACCAUUGCUGGACGCGGUCGAUAACGGCCACCUUGAUGUUAUCAAGCUCCUCCUUGCAGCGGGAGUGAACCCGCGCAAGGCGAAUGCCUAUGGCCAGGAACCUAUCGAUCGUGUGUCGGACGACCAGGAAAACGCGGCCGAGAUGAGGAAAGCACUUCAAGAAGCAAGGGCGAAGAUGGGUGAGCGGAGGCGGACGUCUGAGGAUCAUGCUCUCCAAGACCAGGCCGACGCUUCCUCCUCACAUGGCCCAGAAAGUCCCAGGCGGUCCCCCAGCGCGCCCGCGUCAGCUCACGCCGGUUUGAACUCCCGGAGAGGUGGGACGGUUCGCUCUACGAAAACCAGCAAUCAUCUGUUGUACAUGCCAAUGGACGACAAGACCCUCCGCGCAGCAGCAGCACGCGGCGACGAGGAGACUGUUACGCGCAUUCUCCAAGUCCGAGAUACCUUUGACGAUCCCGAGUCGAUGGUAGCAGCUGCGAGAGGUGGCCACGACAUCGUGAUGCAACUCUUACUAGCCCUAGGCAGAGCAAAUCCUGAUCCGGGCCCCAUCUCCUCGAACGAAUACUCCACCCCUAUGCUCGCAGCCAUCGGGCAAGAAAACAUCAAAGUGGUACGCUUGCUGUUAGAUCAGAAUGACUUCGACUCGACCCGCCGCUUCAAAGGCGAGGCCUACUAUGAAAUUGCGAGACGACGACGAGGCCCCAACUGGAUGGAGGAGGAACAGAUGUUGAAGGAUGCUUAUGAUGAGUACAGACGAACCCACAAGGAUUCAUCGAAAAAUAAGUCUCCCAAUAGGCGAGAACAGGAGCGGGAAGCUCGUCGCAGCCGUGCCGAGCCAAAAGAAGAGCUCGCCAAGUCCCAUAAGAGAAAGGCCUCGAGUCCGGCGGCCAGGGAGAGCAAGAGGGCGGGGUUGGUGAAGGCUUCGACUACUAGCCCUACAGAAGGCAGGCGGUCGGGGUCCUUUGCGAACCAGCAGGAUGAUCAAUCUUCGCCAAAGCGUGGGCCGGGAAGGCCAAGAAAAGAGGACCGCAUCCCUACCAUAGCCAUCUCCGACCGUGAGCCGUCUCCCGCCGCUACUGCUUCCAAACAACCCAGCAAGCCAAGGCGCACGGAAUCAGAUAUCGCCGUGUCAUCUGAAGGGGAAGCAGUGAAGCCUCGGCGGAAGUUAGUAUCUGGCCGGGAGUUGAAAGGCGAGAGGGAGAAGCAUCGACGGGCCAGCAUGACGUCGAACGCUUCUUCGAUGAAGGAGCCAACAAGUCCUCGUGAUUCAAGGCAUGACGAACCCCCUGAGAAACACCCGAGGUUGGAGAAGUAUCACGACCGGACAAAAGCUCUGAAGAGGGACGACUCCCGGGAUAGACUAUCUGUCUCUGGAGAGAAUCCUGGCAAGAGACCCCGGUUGAGCGCGACCCCCCCACGACUUGGAUCCGAUAAGGACGGAAGUGAGGCGCCUCUUAAGCGAAGGCGGCUCAUAGGCACGGAUAUUGGGGGGAAACGGCAGAAGGUGAUAGGCUCCUCGCCCGAUCCGCGUCCACAAAAGUCGACGUCAUCGCGCGAUGCGGUCGGCUCGUCGAUUUCGGCCUCGGGUUCCAAACUGGGACAGAAAGACCGUGACCAUGACGAGCGGAGGGCGACCUCUAAGCCGAGAAAGGCGGAAUCGGCCCUGGAGCAUGGGAAAAAGGAAUAUGGGAAACCGACACCGGACAAGAGCAUCCACGUCAAGUCUGAAGACCUCGACGUGGAGAUGCCCGAUGCAGCCCAGCCUGCGCCCCAGGAGAAAGAGAAGGAGGAAGACAAGCAACAGCAGGCCCAACUUGACGCCCAAGCCGAAGCUGAAGCUGAGGUUGAAGCUCAAACUCAAGCUCAAGCUCAAGCCCAAGCUCAAGCCCAAGCUAAGGCUGAAAGUAAAGCUAAAGCCGAAGCCGAAGCCCGGGCCGAAGCUCAGGCUCAAGCUCAAGCUCAAGCUCAGGCCGAAGCUCAAGCUCAAGCCGAAGCUCAAGCUCAAGCCGAAGCCCAAGUACUAGAGGCAAAGAGGAAGGAAGAAGAGCAAGAGCGGAAGCAUAAAGAGGACGAGGAACGAGAAAAGGAGAAGGCUCGGCGUCAAAAGGAGGAGGAAGAGUCUCUUCGUCGCGCAGAAGAAGAAAAGCGACAGCGGGAAGAAGAGGAGCGCAGGCAGAAGGAGGAAGAAGAGAGAAAGCAGCGUGAGGAGGCGGCAAAGCGAAAACGCGAGGAAGAGGCGAAACGAAGGCGCGAAGAAGAAGAGAGGCGCCAAAAGGAGGAGGAGGAACGGAAGAAACGAGAAGAAGAGGAGCGCCUCCGACGGGAGCAACUGGACCGGGAGGCUGCCGAAGAAGCUCGUCGUAAGAAAGAAGAGGAGCGCAAGGAGCAGGAAAGGAAGGAACGGGCUCUCCGCGAAGAAAUGGAGCGCAGACGGGCUGCACGAGAAGCUGAACGCGCAGCAAAGGAAGCCGAACAGCGCCGUCUACGUCUCGAGCAAGAGGAGAAGAUCCGCCUGGCCAAAUUACCUCCCCUUCUACGUUGGCUCGAUGCCUCGCCGAAUCCCAAGGCGGUCGAAGUUGCUGGGAAGUUUAGCAUGAUGCAGGGUGUCCGAUACGACUGCAUCCGUCCUGGCGCUACCGGAACUUCCGACGGUAGGGAGCAGUGGCUCCUCAAUACACAGGUUGCCCUGUUGCUUGGGGAAAAAGACUUGGAGCUCUCGAGAUACACGGCCUGGGAGCGGAUACCCGCCUCCAACAUCGCGAAGCGAACUAUCUGGAGGCUCGAGUCAGAUCGGUACGCGCUAACGAGUCCUAAUCUCUAUGAUCUUGGGCGCCAACUUCCAGACUACUACCGGGGCGAGGACCCGGAACGGAUGAGCUAUCAGGUCGUUGAGAGACUCAGGGGCGAAGCGUGGGAGAAGUUCUCUGCACUAGAUAUGUUCUUUGUCAAGGCAUCCGAGCUGAUGUUUAUCGCUCCCACGAUAUCACACCUCCGCACUCUAAGGCUCACAAUGGCCUACCGCGAGCUGCCGGAACACGAAUCCCAGUUCGGGAAAUGGACGCCUUUGCAGAAAUGGAAGAGGGAUCCGGAUGCGAACCGAUUCUACGGGUUUGCCCCCAGGAACAAAUACUUUGUGGGCGGCGAGCUGGUUCGCGAGGAGAAGCCGGGGCUCUGCACCGUUAGCACCUCGCCUUUCCCCGAGAGGCGGGUGCCACGAAAGGGAUUCCGCGCAGUUUCUGCCGACGAUCCAGACUACGCUCGCCUCUGCAAAGAACAGGGUCUGGAGCAUUUAGUAACCGAGGCCAACUCUCCUCUGCUCCCCAACGGAGUCCACUCAUCCCCUAGGAGUGCCGCGUCGAAUCUUCCUCAUCAGGGCCUAGACGGAGGUGCCAGACCGUCUACCGCCCAUUCCACAGCCAUAGUCAACGGCAACGGCAAUGCGCACCACCCAAUGUCGCCGUCCUCAGACCCCGGUGCGGCUCAGCCGAGGCCGCUUGUUAACGGUGCCGCCCAUUUGCCCGCCAGUGGCGCUGGCGAGUAGUACUACUUGGUGCUCUGACGGGCAGACCGAAAACAUUCCUUUUCUUAUAUUUUCUUCUCCAUUUUUUUCUUCAGUGUUGGCCCACGAGGAAUGGCAUCUACCUAGUAAAUGACGAACGUCCCGCCUGCCUUAAACUCGAAUGUACGAAUACAUGUCAUGGCCUGUCGAGUUCCAGCAAAAUACUACACUUAACGGUUGUUCUCUCCUUCGUCAACCGGGACGCGGAGACGAGUUGCCA